AUGAAUGCAAGAAAGCAUAGUAAAACUGGAGUUACCCGGAUCAUUGUUCAACCAUCAACUAAGCGUAUACAUCACGAUGCUCUCUAUGAAGAUGUUGGUUGUGACAUAUCGGAGGACUUGUCAAAAUGUGGUCUCAUAUUGGGAAUCAAACAACCAAAGUUAGAUAUGAUUCUUCCUGAUAGAGUGCAUUUUUCUCCCAUACUCACACGGCACAAAAAGAAAAUAUGCCUCUACUUGAUAAGGGCGUCUUUGUUCGAUUAUGAGCUUAUAGUUGGAGAUCAUGGUAGAAGAUCGCUUGCAUUUGGAAAAUUUGCUGGAAGAGCUGGGAUGAUUGACUUCUUGCGUGGCCUAGGACAACGGUAUCUUAAUCUUGGUUAUUCAACACCUUUUCUCUUGCUUGGUGUAUCUUACAUGUAUUCUUCACUGGCAGCUGCAAAAGCUGCCUGUUGGAGAAGAGAUAGCUACUGCUGGACUUCCAUCAGGAAUCUGUCCCCUCGUAUCUGUUUUCACUGGAUCAGGAAAUGGUAUUUUCGCUUUCCUUUGCCCAUGGUGCACAAGAAAAUUUUAAGCUGCUUCCUUACAUCUAGCAGACUUCCAGGACUAUUUGAGACGGCCAGAAAUACUACUGAAUUAGGACGAACAACAAAAAGAGUCUUUCAAGUAUAUGGUUGUGUUGUGACCAGUCAAGACAUGGUAGAGCACAAAGAUCCUUCAAAAUUCUUUGAUAACGCAUGGCAUUGUCUUUUGUUUCCAAUUACAGGAUUUCAUUGA